CUCUAUUCUAUCUAUUCUAUUUUUACUUCUAUCAUCUACGUCUACAUCGAUCAUUGUAGUAUUAUAUCUACAUUUUUCUCGUGCAAUAAUUCCUCUAACGUCUUUAUAUACUUCGUACAAAGGUCGGUGGUUACGGUUCCUCGGUAUUUGCUGCUUGGGGACCCCCUGACACGGUCUGCAUCGAGUCGGUGGUUACGGUUCCUCAGUAUCUGCCGCUUGGGGACGCCCUGAUACUUUCGGUGCCAAAGAGUCAAGGCUGCUCUCUUUUAGCCUGGCUAAUCACAAUUAUAGUGCACAAUAUGGCGGUUCCAAUCGAAAUACUUGGGCUGGAGAAUCUCCUUACGGAGAGAGUAUAUAUAAAGUGGGCUGAUGAGGACGACUGUUGGACACUAGGUUCUUGCAUGCCUGGCAACAAAAAAAAUGUCGACAUUAUUAUGAAAGUGGUCUGCAAUUCUGAAUCUAAACGACAUGUUCAUAUACAGUUCUCAAUUAAGGUUGCCAUCAGGAUUUCCGGCAAGCGUCAUUACAUGUAUAUGCUAUUGGUUGUUCCACCACAAGGUGACUUUGAAUAUGCUUCAGAGGAUCUUUCGAUACAGAAGCUUAAUGAUUUAUCUCUUCUUGAUGCAUCUGCUCUUCACGAAGCCGGUAUAAGUAAUUUAGAGCGUAUUAUUGUUUUAAAUUUUGACAUUCGAUUUGCGGGAUUUGUGGUUCAAAAAGAUAAGGAAUCUACAACUAUCUGCCCCUUCAAUAAAACCUCCAGCAAAUUGAUUCGUGCGAUUAAGUCUUUAUCUCUUAUGAAGAAAUUUAAGGUAUAUAUUAGACCUAGCGAUUAUGCGCGACAACAUUUGAAAGAAAUUCGCGAGUGCUUGUAUGAUACAAGUGUAGAGGUUUGUGAAUCUGAUAUGAGGAAGAUAUACUCUCAACAAGGCAUUACACUAGUGAACUGGACGCACUUUAAACAUAAGGAACCUCAGGAUCAACCACCGCCACUAUACACCGCCAAUAAUCCACAGAGGCCGACGGAAGUGCAGGUUCCCUGUUCACCAUUGAUCGCAUACAUAGAUACAAACAUAGAGGAAGCUAUUAUUCCAGUAACACCGAGUCCUGUGCCGGUGUGCCACGGUAUUUUCUCGCCUAGCUCUAAAGAACUAUCGGAUGUCGGAGAAGACUCGCACCUUGACAAUAAUUACAAGGAAUCAGGACAUAUAGAAACAUACCUUGACGUGGAGGUGAACUCGGAUGAGGAAUACCUCGCCGAGUCCAAUGCUAGACGACUGGAUGUAGAACACCAAUUCGAGUCGAACGCUCGAGAACUGGAUGAAGAAUACCUCGCCGAUAUCCGAGAAACAAGCCAACAACUCAGACAAGACGCUACCUCGGAGGCUCUUGGGUUAGAAUUUAGGGAGUGGUUGAAUACAGCAGCAAAACUAAUUCCAAAUGUUCUAGAACAUAGAGGACUGACUUCCAAAUUACUUACUCUUGGUGAAAGUGUCCGUGAGUCUGAUGUUGCAAAGUUCGAUGCUAUUAGACCCUGGUGCUCUGCGCUGUUGUUCUACGACCCGACAGAUUCAAACAGCACCUCCGUGUUGCAAGAUUCGACGCGUCGAUUGCUUGUCUCAGAUAUGGUUGGGCUCAUCAAGUCAAUCAACACAUUUCAACGUGGUGCUGAGAUGACUUUUCUGAUGGAACAUUUUCUAAAACUAGGUAGUGCCGCUCGCGCAGUUGAAUGUCAAUUUCGGAUAUUGGUCGACGAGAAGAGUAGCAAGGGCUUGUCCAGGAAAAGGAAUAUCUCGGAAAUUGAUAGCAAUGUGUAUAAACGAACCAGAACAGCGGCGUGA